AUGCGCGUCUUCGUCACUGGCUCUACCGGCUUCGUCGGCACCGCCGUCGUCCAGGAACUUCUCUCCCACGGCCACACCGUCCUCGGCCUCACCCGCAGCGACGCCGGCAUCGAGCAGCUCACCCGUCAGGGCGCCGAGCCCCUGCGCGGCAUCAUCGAGGACCUCGACCUUCUCAGCCAGGCCGCCUCUGCCUGCGACGCCGUCAUCCAUCUCGCCUUCGUCCACGACUUCACCCGCUUCGCCGAGUGCUGCGCCAAAGACCGCGCCGCAAUCACCGCCAUCGGCGAGGCCCUCGCCUCCGCCUCGCCACCGCGCGCCCUCGUCAUCACCUCCGGCACCAUGAUGCUCGCCCAAGGCCGUCUCGGCCACGAGGACGACAUCGUCGACGGGAGCGACGACAUCGCCACCACCCGCGCCGCCUCGGAGACCGUCUGCCUCGACUUUGUCCGCCGCGGCGUGCGCGCAAGCGUCGUCCGCCUGCCGCCCACCACGCACGGCAACGGCUCCUCGGGCUUCACCGGCAUGCUCGUCCAGAACGCGCUGCGCACGGGCGUGGCCGCGUACGUCGGCGAUGGCAAGAACCGGUGGAGUGCUGGCAACGUUGCGGACGCGGCGCGGGUGUACCGCCUGGCCGUGGAGAGGGCCGCGCCGGGAUCAAUCUUCCAUGCGAUUGCCGAGGAGGGCGUGCCUGUCAAGGACAUCGUCACCAGGGUCGGGGAGGAGCUGGGCGUGCCGGUCAAGUCGAUCCCGGCUGACCAGGCGCAGGAGCACUUUGAGUGGUUCCUCUUUGGCAUUAUGGCCGAUAACCCGGCGUCCAGCAAGAAGACGAGAGAAGAGUUGGGCUGGAUGCCGUCGCACGGCACUGUGCUAGAUAGUGUCAAGGGCACUGUAGAAUGGGCCAAGGCAAAGGCUGCAUCUGCAUGA